AUGCUGCGGAGUUGGCCAAACCGAUGUCGGCGCAACCUGCGGACUCAACGAGGUCAUCUCUCAGUACGAGUUCUGCAUUCGGAGAGCUUUGUGCAUAAUCCUCCGCCGUGGAGACCUGUAUCAGCUCUGGACGAAUACGUUGAACGCCAGAUUCGACCGAUCAGUUUACGACAACUGACUUUCUUUGGGCGGACGUUGACCGAGUCAAGACUUUUAAGCUCGGCCAACUAUGUGCGCACAGAGCUUCCAACGAGACUAGCACACCGUCUCCGGGACAUACAAAAGCUGCCUUACGCUGUGGUUGCUAACCCUCACUUCUCCCUGGUAUAUGAACUCUACUAUAAAGCUUUUGAGAGAUUCCGUACUGUGCCCGAGAUACGAACGCUCGACGAUAAUGAUCGAUUCUGUGACAUCCUGCGGAAGACGCUCAAAGAGCACUUGGUUGUGAUACCAAGGCUGGCCAUGGGAGUUCUUGAAUGCCGUGGGCUUUUGCCGGCAGAAGCAAUGGACCAAUUCAUGAAUACGUUGCUCAGGGCGAGGAUUUCUCGUCGAGUUAUUGCGGAACAGCACCUGGCAUUGACGGAAACCUUUAAUUCGCCGUGGCACUUCCCUGGAUCACAAGAUCGGACAGACCUAAAUGCAGAUUUUGUCGGCGAGGUAUUCCUAAAGUGCAACGCCAAAGAAGUCGUAGAGCGAUGCGGCAAGCUGGUACAAGACAUUAUUCGGCAGAGUUCUGGGUCAGAUAAGAUCCCAGAGAUAUCUGUGCAGGGGCAUUUGGACGCCACUUUUCCGUACAUGCUCAGUCACCUGGAGUAUAUCAUUGGCGAACUCCUGCGUAAUUCGAUCCAGGCUGUGAGCGAGAGAUAUCAAGGUCUCAACCAAACACCACCCCCCAUCGAGGUGCUGAUUUGUGAAGCACCUCAACAUGUGAUUAUGCGCGUUUCGGACCAAGGGGGAGGCAUACCCCGAGAGAUUCUGCCAUACUUGUGGUCUUUUACGAAGGGUCCCCACAGCAAAGUACGACUGGAAAAUUUAGGACAGGUCCCGGCAAUGGCAGCUACACUACAGGAGCUCUCAGUGUCUAGCGACAUAAAACAUGCAGACAAAGAGACAUUUCGAGAGAGCUCUCUAGACACGCUGACUUCGCGGCCUCCAGAUCUUAGGCUGGGGAUAGGGCUGCCAAUGAGCAGAGUCUAUGCAGAGUACUGGGCAGGUAGUCUGGAGCUGCACAGCUUAGAGGGAUACGGCGUGGACGCGUUCCUUCAGAUAUCGAAGCUCGGCAACAAGAACGAGCAAGUGACGACAAGAGCAGCAAUUGAUGCCGUAUGAUCGACUCUAUUUUGCGCUAGAGUGUUAUACAGAGUGUUUCCCGGCGUAUAUCCCAUAUACCAAAGCAGAGGAUUCUUACUCCUGCCAUCUCAGCCUUAGCCCGUACCUUCGUGCUACCGUGCUGGCUACUGUGCUGGUUAUCGUGCUGCCUAGCCCUAUGGCCCCGAUCGGCUUCUGCGGAAUGACGUCAACUAAGCAAACCGCGGCCGACAUCUGGCUGUCUUUGCAAUGCAAGGGAAUAUCAUCCAUUGAAUAUCUGUGUGACUAUAUCCUUAGGCCUUUAUAACAGCAACUCCUUGAUUUACCCCUGGUCUGGUGACGUCGUUUCUCUCCCGUUAGCCUCGUAAGAUGAAACGCAUUAACUCCGACCAUGAUGACUACAUUUCCAUCUACAUCUUCAUCCUUCUCUUUAUAAUUUUCUUCCUAAGCUUUCUCGGAACAUACUCGGAUACCAACGAACGCGCGGAACAAGCUGCGCAAUCAUAAUUCAACAGUCAACAUGGCUGGUUCAGCUUCUAUGCUAUGCCUGAUCAUUCUUACCAUUUUCAUACCACCUCUAGGCGUCUUCCUAAUUUCAGGCUGCAGCGUCGACUUUCUUAUCAAUAUCAUGCUCACGAUACUAGGCUAUCUCCCCGGCCACAUCCACGCCUUUUACCUGGAAUAUGUGUACUAUAAAAAUCGCGAGGCCGUCAUGGCCGAUCUAGCGCCAGGUGUCUACUCCGAUCGGAUCCAGCGAGGGGGGCGGCAUAAUUACGGGACCAUUUCUUGAAUAUGCUUCAUUGGUUGGGACCUUUUUCUGGAUCUGAGUGUGCUCUUAGCUGCUAGCUUCGUGUAUUUACACCCAUCGACAGUGUUCACAGGUUGUUUUCGGGGUAUAAUAGGACAUCGAUAUUUUGGCGGCAGCCCUUUUUAUUACCUUUCCUGCAUGUUGGAUAGCAGACUGUCAACAAUACGAGCCGUCCAUCUUAUCGAAC